AUGGCAAUUUCGCCUGCAGAGAAAAAGACCCAAAGAGAACAGAUAGAAAGCUACAUUCAUGAUAUGUCUGGACAAGAAGAUAUUGCUGCAAAGCAGCAUGUCGAUGCUGGUUCCAAGAGAACUGGCUGGGUUGCCAGAAGCAGCAUAACUGUGGUUUCACUCAUACUGAGGAUUGGACUAGGAAAUUUCUUUUUUUUCCUCUUUACUUCUGGUGAUAACACGAAUGUUAGAAUCCUUGACUUGGAUGGCAACAGAUUGGGCAGGCCUGGUGUUGAUUGCUACUGCCAACAUGAAAGUGGUGCUGCAGUCCUGCAGCUCCAGUUCUUAAUCAAUGAGGGUGCUUUGGUCAGUGCAAGUGCAGAUGAUGCACUUCAUUUGUGGAAUCUCCGACAGAAACGACCAGCUAUCCUGCACUCUCUGAAAUUUAACAGAGAAAGGAUUACUUACUGCCAUUUACCUUUCCAGAGUAAAUGGCUUUAUGUUGGAACAGAGAGGGGAAAUACACACAUUGUAAAUAUUGAGUCCUUCAUUCUUUCUGGAUAUGUUAUCAUGUGGAACAAGGCAAUAGAACUAUCCACAAAGACUCACCCUGGGCCAGUGGUACAUUUAAGUGACAGCCCAAGAGAUGAGGGAAAACUAUUGAUAGGCUAUGAAAAUGGGACUGUAGUACUCUGGGACUUACGAUCUAAAAGAGCUGAUCUGAGAGCUUAUUAUGAUGAGGCUAUUCAUUCUGUUGCUUGGCAUCAUGAAGGGAAACAGUUCAUGUGCAGUCACUCUGAUGGCAGCUUGACCCUAUGGAAUCUGAAAAGUCCUAACAGACCAUUCCAGACCACAAUUCCGCAUGGAAAAAUUCAAAGAGAUGGAAAAAAACCUGAAUCUUGUAAACCAAUUCUUAAAGUAGAGUACAAGACCUGUAAAAACAGUGAACCAUUUGUGAUAUUUUCUGGUGGAUUGUCGUAUGAUAAGGCUUGUCGAAGACCAAGUUUAACAAUCAUGCAUGGGAAAGCAAUUACAGUUCUUGAAAUGGAUCACCCUAUAGUUGAUUUUUUAACUCUUUGUGAAACUCCAUAUCCAAAUGAAUUUCAAGAACCCUAUGCUGUAGUUGUGCUUUUGGAAAAAGAUCUCAUUGUUGUUGACCUGACACAAAGCAAUUUUCCAAUCUUUGAAAAUCCAUAUCCUAUUGACAUUCAUGAGUCACCUGUUACCUGCACAGAAUAUUUUGCGGACUGUCCUCCAGAUUUGAUUCCUGUACUCUAUUCUGUAGGAGCAAAACAUAAAAAGCAAGGAUACAGCAAUAAGGAGUGGCCUAUCAGUGGUGGAGCAUGGAACCUUGGAGCUCAGACAUAUCCUGAAAUCAUUAUUACAGGCCAUGCAGAUGGAUCAGUAAAGUUUUGGGAUGCUUCUGCCAUUACUCUACAGAUGUUAUACAAACUAAAAACAUCCAAGGUCUUUGAAAAACAGAAAGUGGGAGAGGGAAAAGCAACGGCUGAGAUUGUGGAAGAAGAUCCUUUUGCCGUUCAGAUGAUGUACUGGUGCCCUGAAAGCAGAAUAUUCUGUGUGGCAGGAGUUUCUGCGUAUGUGGUUGUUUACAGGUUCAGCAAACAUGAAGUAAAUACUGAAAUUGCAUCAUUAGAAGUACGACUUCAGUAUGAAGUAGAAGAUAUCAUUACUCCUGAACCAGAAGCAAUUCCUCCAUUUCCAGAUGCCUCCUCCCAACUUCCUUCUUUAAAGAGCCUUUCAGGCAGUACCAACACUGUAGCAUGUGAAGGAACGAUGAAGGAUAGUAUCCCAUGUCUUAGCGUUAAGACUCGACCUGUGCGAAUGCCUCCUGGAUACCAAGCAGAUCUUGUUAUUCAGUUGGUGUGGGUGGAUGGUGAGCCUCCACAACAGAUUACCAGCCUUGCUGUAAACUCUGCUUAUGGACUAGUGGCAUUUGGAAACUGCAAUGGUUUGGCCGUUGUGGACUUUAUGCAGAAGACAGUACUGCUGAGCAUGGGAACCCUUGACCUAUACGGAUCGAGUGACCCUUACCAGCGUCAGCCCCGUUCACCUCGCAAAAGCAAGCAGUUUGCUGCAGACAACUUUUGCAUGCGUGGCCUGUCUAACUUUUAUCCAGAUUUAACGAAACGGAUCCGUACUUCCUAUCAGAGCCUGACUGAACUCAGUGACAGUCCAGUUUCCCUGGAGCUAGAGCGUUGCAAGUCUCCCACUUCAGUCAAAGGAUCAAGAAAGUUAAGUCUGCCAACAGAUCUUAAGACUGAUCUUGGUACG